AAAGUGCCCCGCCCUUCGAGUUACUCGGCUAACAUGAACGUUUCACUGCUAACGUUUGUUUAUGAGGCGAGUCCGUUAAGUUAGUGAGCCAGUUAGCUUAGCCGGCUAACUAGCAGUAUGUUGUAGGAUAAACAGGAGGCUUCUGGGACUCUGGUUUCAUGGAAGACUCGGCGCUAUUGGAGAUACACCUUUCGAGUGUGUGAAAGAGAUAUAUUUAAAGGCGGUAGAAAAAUUAAGAGAUGCAGCCUCACCUCUGAUAGCAUUAGAACAGCCUAACGUCAGUUGUUGCUAGCUCCGUUUAACGUUACGCGUGACGUUAGACAUGAACGAUGGUGUUUGACGACGCGUAACCUGAACGAAGGGUUUUUGGUGGUAACAUUUCAUUAAAAAACGCCGAAAUUAACCAUAAAGGCGAGCUCAUAUGUAUACUUGAAAGGCCAGCGGGUUAGCCUUAGGUUGCUAGCUGGAUACUAACUUGUGUUAGCUAAAUUCAGGUUAGCAUGGCGUCAGACACAAGCGACACAGAGGAGUUCUACGAUGCUCCCGAGGACGUUAAUUUCACUCCGUCUCCAAAAGUGUCACCUGCAAAGUUUGUCCUUCCCUCACCUCAGAGAUCAGUGAAUGCUCUACAAGAUGCUGCCGGUGGAUUGGCCCCAUCAGAGAGUCAUCAAGAUGACUCCCUUCAGAUCAUCGAUAGCAUCAUUGAGGAGAGUCAAAAGGGAAGUGUUGGUGAAGUGGCCGAGCUGUUAGAUCAGCUGCAUGUUGAUGUCCGGGCAGAGCUGGAGCAAAAGGGUGACAGCAAUGCUCAGGAAGUUCCUGAAGAGGUAGCAGAGCCUGCUGCAGAGCCUCAGCUUGUUGAGAGGCCAGAAGAUGUGCAGGAAAGUGCAUCAGGGGAAGCAGCAUGCUCCAUACCUGCCCCUGAACCCUCUGACAUCCCAGGCCCAUCAGCGGGGCCACAAGAACAUGUUCAGCCCCCAGACAUCACCAGCACCAUAGGUCAGAGUCAGCCUGAUGUGCCUCUUGUGGGUGUAGAAGGGGACCAGAGACCUGCUGACAUCUUAGAUCAGGUCCCACUCACAGACAGGCCAGCUAACUCAGACUCCCCUGGGCCGACCAAACCCCCACGGCAGUUCACUGUGGAACCAGACAUUGUGGCCAGCACCAAGAAGCCCCCUCCCUCACGGCCACCCCCUCCUGGUGGUGCUCCACCACCAAGGCCUCCUCCACCAUCCUGGUCAACUCUACCUCUCAGCAGGAAGCAGGACUGUCCAAGGCCAAGUGGGCUUGAAGUCUCUGCGACCAUGGCAGUCAGCGCCGAUGCACUGGAGCCAUCUGGUCUGAUGUCUCCUGGCAGCACAGUGAGGAGUAUCACCAAGGAGCUGCAGCAUUCCCUCGAUCUGGCCAGUGCCACCAGUGGGGACAAAGUGGUGACAGCACAGGAGAAUGAGGAAGAACAGGCCUCAAGUCCCAGUGGAGAAGACACAGUAGGCCCUCAGCGUCCGCGGUCUAACUCCGGUAGAGAACUAACAGAUGAAGAAAUCCUGGCCAGUGUGAUGAUCAAGAAUCUGGACACAGGGGAGGAGAUUCCUCUAAUUCAGGCAGAAGAGAAGCUACCAGCUGGGAUUAACCCUCUCACCCUUCACAUCAUGAGGAGGACCAAGGAAUAUAUCACGAAUGAUGCAGCACAGUCUGAUGAUGAUGACAAGGUCCAGGCCCCACUGGUAGACACAGAUGGAGGAAAACUGAAACAGAAAACAACCCAGUUGAAAAAGUUCUUGGGCAAAUCUGUGAAGAGGGCCAAGCAUCUUGCUGAGGAGUAUGGAGAGAAGGCGGUCAACAAGGUGAAAAGUGUGCGUGAUGAAGUGUUCCAUACAGAUCAGGAUGAUCCAUCAUCCAGUGAUGAUGAGGGCAUGCCAUACACCAGGCAAGCCAAAUUCAAGGCAGCACACAGCUUUAAGGGCCCCUUCGACUUCGAUCAGAUUAAAGUCGUCCAAGACCUGAGUGGAGAGCACAUGGGGGCAGUUUGGACCAUGAAAUUCUCUCACUGCGGGAGGCUCCUGGCAACUGCAGGCCAAGAUAACGUGGUUCGCAUCUGGGUCUUAAAGAAUGCGUUUGACUACUUCAAUAACAUGCGGAUGAAGUAUAACACUGAAGGUCGAGUUUCACCUUCUCCCUCUCAGGAAAGUUUGUGCUCUUCUAAAUCAGACACAGAUGCUGCGGCAAGCUGCGCUCCAGAGGACCCAGACACAGAAGACAGAAACGCACCCUUCCGUCAGGUCCCCUUUUGCAAGUAUAAAGGUCACACAGCUGACCUGUUGGACUUGUCCUGGUCGAAGAACUUUUUCCUGCUUUCCUCUUCCAUGGAUAAAACAGUUAGAUUGUGGCAUAUAUCCAGGAGAGAGUGUCUCUGCUGCUUUCAGCACAUUGACUUUGUCACAGCCAUUGCUUUCCAUCCCAGAGAUGACCGGUACUUCCUAAGUGGCUCUUUAGACGGGAAGCUGCGGCUCUGGAACAUUCCAGACAAGAAGGUGGCGCUGUGGAACGAGGUGGACGGCCAAACACGCCUCAUCACUGCUGCCAACUUCUGCCAAAACGGAAAAUAUGCUGUCAUUGGCACGUACGAUGGCCGAUGUAUCUUCUAUGACACAGAGCGUCUGAAGUACCACACCCAAAUUCAUGUGAGGUCCACCAGAGGGAGGAACAGAGUUGGACGUAAAAUCACUGGCAUCGAGCCUCUACCUGGAGAAAAUAAGAUUUUGGUGACCUCCAAUGAUUCCCGUAUUCGCUUGUACGACCUGAGGGAUUUGUCUCUGUCCAUGAAAUACAAGGGUUACGUUAAUAGCAGCAGCCAAAUCAAGGCUAGCUUCAGCCACGACUACUCCUUCAUUGUCAGCGGCUCAGAGGACAAGUAUGUGUACAUCUGGAGCACUUACCACGACUUGAGCAAAUUCACUUCUGUACGACGGGACCGCAAUGACUUCUGGGAAGGGAUUAAAGCGCACAAUGCAGUCGUCACCUCAGCCAUUUUUGCACCCCAGCCAGGCCUUAUUGUUCCACAAGAGGCCGGGGCAGAGAAGCCUGAGGCAGAGUGUAAGAGCCUCGACUCCACAGAUUCUGAGACCAUUCCCUCAGGGGCUCUGAAGACGGAUCACACAGAGGUUUUACUCUCAGCUGACUUCACUGGCGCCAUCAAGGUUUUCAUCAAUGUAAAAAAGUAUUGAGCACUUAAAAGGCUGUCAACUCUUCCCAAGGUCAGACCUGUUUGUCAGUGUUCAGCUCCACAGAUGAAGAGCACUGUGUCAGGAGCCCUCUCAACUCAAACAGCUACCUCCUGGCGAGCGCUCUGAGAAAUGGAGCUGUCUGCAGCCUUUUUUGGAACAGCAGGGACCCUAAAAAGGACUAUGAGGGAAGCUUGGAAGAAAUGGACUGUAAAAAGCAGACGAGAUGUGGCUCUCUGUCACAUUUGUAUUUUUUAUCUUUAAUACCAUGCACCUGUCAACUGUGAUUUACAUUGAAGUAAGUUACAAACCAGAGAAGCCGUGUGUGUGUGGUCUGAGCAGCAAUUGAGUCUGUCCAGAAAUCUGUAAAUUUACUGUUGGAUAUUAAGAAGUGAGUAGAGUUUGGAAACUUCUUGUAAUAGUAUAACGGGCACCUUACCAGUUUCUCUUGCUCUCACCUCAGCGAAUUUUGCGAGGAACAACUCUCAAAAGUGCAAGUCACUGGCCUAAUCAUUUCAAUUACAAAUCUUACUGUGUCUUAAUUGUGUGUGAGAAAUGUAACCGUUUAUCUUGAAGACAAGGUUAUAUGUUUGAAUAUGUCAUUUACCAAAUAUGUUUGUGCCUACAAAAAGAUAGCAUUUCUAAAUUUAUCAGUCAGAUUCUUCUUAAGCUUUCCUCUAAAAAUUGCAUCAAACAUUUGAGGUAACUACAGUAUGGAAAACAAAGGUACAACAGAUCUACUAAUGAUUAGGACUGGGUAUUGAUCAAAACCAAUGUUGGCUAUAAAGUACUUUUGAUAUCUGUCUGUGUUGAAUGAAAGCACAUUUUGUUAUGUAAGAAUACUGUAAAUUUACUGUCUAACAUUUGCACAUACUGUCUGCUUUUCUAAACAGAACCAGAUUAUGCGCUAUCGGUUUCCUCAAUAAAAUGCACAUAAACUGGAA